CAUCAUAAUGCGAAGAAAAUAAAAGGGUUUUAGCUCAACAUUGUUUUUCUAGGGUUUUAGUACAAAAAUUUGAGAAAACAUUCGGAACUUCAAUCAAACUAACAAGUUAACAACAAUGUCGAUUGGAAGAUUAGCAAGAACUGCAGCUCAAGAAUCGUCUGGAAAACAACUUCCUCUGUCAUAUAUUGCUACUUCUCGCCAUAUUUUCGCGAAUUCUUCGCUGCAAAAUUCAACUGAAAGAACAAUUUCUACUUCUUCGUCUUCUCCGAUUCUCAACCAAUCUCGUUUUGUUCAAAGUAAUGCAAUUAGUGGAAUCUCAAGAUUUUCUUCGUCUUCGAUUCUCAAUCAAUCUCUUUCUCUCUCCUCUAAAGAGUUUUCACCUCAAUUUGCUAUUUCUCGUAAUUUCUCCACUGGUCGUCACUUCGAUCCUUAUGAGAGGUAUAUGAGGAGGACUGGUAUCAACUGGGGGGUUAAAUUUGUACCUCAACAAGAAGCAUAUGUCAUUGAACGUUUCGGGAAGUUCAGUAAAGUUCUUGAAGCAGGGUUGCAUCUACUGAUACCAUUUGUGGACCGAAUUGCCUAUAUACACUCACUAAAAGAACAGACAAUUGAAAUCCCAGAGCAGGCUGCUGUUACAACAGACAAUGUUAGCAUCAGGGUGAAUGGUGUGCUUUUUGUCAAGGUCAUUGAUGCAGAAAAGGUAUCAUAUGGCAAUGAUAAUGCAAUGUUUGCAAUAACUCAAUUAGCACAAACUGUGACGCGUAGUGCUAUUGGAAAAUUGCCACUUGACAAGACUUUCAUGGAGAGAGACACUUUAAAUGCAAACAUUGUGGAAUCUCUCAAUGAUGCUGCUUCACAGUGGGGUCUUUAUUGUCGUCGUUAUGAGAUAAGGGAUAUUAUUCCACCUCCUGGGAUAAGAGAAAGUAUGGAAAUGCAAGCUGAAGCGGAGAGGAAGAAAAGAGCUGUAGUCAUUGAGGCAGAAGGAAAGAGACAAGCUGUUAUAUUAACGUCAGAUGCUGCAAAAAUGGACUCAAUCAACCGGGCAACAGGUGAAGCAGAAGCCAUACGUGUUAUUGCUAAUGCCCUUCAAGGAAGCGGGGGGGAAGCGGCUGCUGGCCUCAAAGUGGCGCAGGAUUAUGUGCAAGCUUUUAACAAUAUGGCUAAGGAGUGUACGACCAUGGUGCUUCCCGCAUCAGUCAAUGAUGUAAACACCAUGGUAGCAUCAGCCCUUACUCUCUACAAAAAACUGGUUGCGGACACACGUCAAACUAAGGCAUUAUAUGAACCUUCAAACACGGAAUCUUCAUCCAGACAAAUUGACGAUGAAUUUCAUGGAGAAGCUUCUAUUCCAGAAGACAAACCUCUUUUUUCACUACAAGACCCGAAGAAAAUAGAAUAGAGAUACCAUAAAACAUAAAAGGGAGAGAUUCAUUCAUUGUUGGGUAAUUAGAGAGAAAAACUUUUUAACAAUUUUGCUUCAUGCAAUUGUCAAAUUCAAUUUGCAUACUUGAGGUACAUAAUGCUCAAAUGUUGAGAGGGAAACAAUAGCCUCUUUUCUUUCA